AAAAAUAUAAACAGAAAAAAAAAUUUUAAUAUUUCAAUUUAAUUAAUUAACAUUUUUUUUUACUAUUAUUAGAAAAUCAGUAAAAAGAAAUAAAAAAAAAACUAUUCAUAUGCAUAAAAAACGUGUAGUUAUUAUUGAUGAUAUAACGACCAUUAUGAGCGAUAGUAAAAAUUGCUCAAAUUAUGGCGGAAAUGGAAAAUUUAAAGGCAUGGCCGAACCUCCACCUUCGUCAUUAAAUGAUCCGAUAAUAACAAUUAAUGAGCCUUCAUCUCAAUCAUAUAAUAAUCAUUCAUCAUAUCCGAAAGUAGAUUCAUCUGCGGCAGCUGGAACUGCAACAGUACAACCUACAAUAGCAUCAGCACAAUUUCAUCCACCACAUUAUCAGCAUCAUCAUUUACAUCCACAUCAUAAUAAAGCAGCAACUACUGGUACUAGUAUAAGUGCUAGUAAUAGUUCAGCAUCAUUAGCACAUACAACUGAACCGAGAAGAAGGAUUAGUAUAGCAUCAGAUCCAGCAGCAAAUGAAUAUGGUGGUAAACAUGGCUAUGAUAAUUUGGCAUUUGAACAAAAUCCAAAAAGAAAAAUAUCACAAACAUCUGUACAUUCGCAUAGUGAGAUUGGACCAGUUAGAAAGAAAAGUAUUCUAGUUAAUUCCGGUCAUGAUAACGAAUCAGUUUACAGUCAUAAUUCAGCUCAUAGUUAUGAUGAAACUGAAAAUGUAGAAAAUAAACAAAAUGGAGGUAAAACUAUAACACCACAUCAUCAAACAGCUUUAGAUGCAUUACAUCAACGACUCAACGAACAAGCUGCAAAUACAGCAUCAAAUCGAAAUAAUUUAGAACAAUCAUGGAUAUAUGCAUUAUGUUUAAGAUGCCGUGUUGAAGAUACAAGACCAUCAUGGGAGCCACCACAUUGGCAAAAAGUUUGUCCAUAUCCAUUAUGUCCAUCAUUUCGGCAAUUUGCUCGAAUUAUUGCAUUAGUAUUAAUUGGUGUUUUAACAUGGGUUGUUGCGUAUGUUAUAAUUGGUAAAUCAGCUGGACCAGGAGGACAAUUAUUUCAAUUGGUAAUAUUAACUGUGUGUGCAAAUUUUGGUGGAUUUCUCAUAUCAUUAGCAAAUUUACCACGUUUAAUUGGUAUGCUAUUAGUUGGAAUAUUGUUUCAGAAUAUUGGUUGGGUAGAUCUUGGUGGUGAUUUUACACAUGUAACAGGAGAAUUACGUAAAUUGGCAUUAACAUUAAUAUUAAUACGUGCUGGUUUAGAAAUGGAACCGGAAGCAUUUAAAAAAGUAUGGAAAACGAUAUUAAAAUUAGGUGUUAUACCAUGGACAGUAGAGGCUGUUGUUACAGCAGUAAUGUCACAUUUUCUAUUAGAAUUACCAUGGAUGUGGUCAUUUUUAUUAGGUGCUAUAAUUGCUGCUGUUUCUCCAGCUGUUGUUGUACCAUGUUUAUUUAGAUUAAGAACAAAAGGUUAUGGUGUUGCAAAAGGUAUACCAACAUUAGUUAUUGCUGUUGCUGGUAUUGAUGAUGCAUUAUCAGUUGCAAUAUUUGGUAUUAUUGUUAGUAUUAUGUUUUCAUCUGGUGAUAUGGCAUAUGUUAUAUCACAGGCACCCGUUUGUAUUGUUGGUGGUUUAUUAUAUGGUGUAUUAUGGGGUUUAAUGGCAUGUUAUAUACCAGAGAAAGGUGAUGCAUAUGUUGUACCAUUACGUACAAUAAUGUUAUUAGCUGGUGGUACUGUAUCAAUAUAUGGUAGUGAAAUGUUAGGAUAUGAAGGUGCUGGACCAUUAGGUGUUGUAUUUGCAGCAUUUAUAUCAAAUUAUUUUUGGUGUAAACAAGGUUGGGAAAUUGAAGAUAAUCCUGUAUCAACAGCAUUUGAAAUAUUUUGGAUGAUUUUUGAACCAAUAUUAUUUGGUAUUACUGGUACAACAGUUAAGAUAAAUGAAUUGGAACCGGAAUUAGUUUAUACUGGUAUUGGAAUUUUAUCAUCUGGUUGUAUAUUAAGAAUUUUAGCAACAGCUGGUAUUGCAUUUGGUGAUCGUUUAAAUGUUAAAGAGAAAUUUUUUGUUGCACUUUCAUGGAUGGCUAAAGCAACAGUGCAAGCAGCACUUGGUCCAGCUGCAAUGAAACAUUUAAAAGAAGAUUCACCAGAAGAAGAAAAACAUUAUGCAAAAAUUGUUCAAACUGUAGCAGUAUUAAGUAUUGUUUUAACAGCACCAUUGGGUGCAAUAUUAAUAUCAAUAUCUGGAACAAAAUUAUUAACAAAAACAAGACAACCACAAGUAUUGGAAGGAUGGCGAAGAAGUCAUAGACCAUCUAUGCGUGAUAUUAGUAUUAUUGAUGAGGAAGAGGAACGUGAAGAUCCUGAAUCAUCUGAUGAUAAUAAAGGAACAACUCAAGCAAAUACAAAUACAAAUGCAAAUACAAAUGUUUAUUCAAUAACAUCACCGAAUCCAACAACGUUUACAUAUACAAAAUAACAAAAACAAUAAUUAUUUUCUUGUUUUAGAAUUCCUUAUUAAAAUAUUAAAUAAAAUUAUGUAUUUAGUUCAGUAUUUUCUUCUUCGUAAUUAUUAGUUUUAAGGAUAAAUUUGUUUUUAA